GUCUACUGUCAGUGAGACUGCCAGUCUCUCCAGACUGGCAGUCAGGACCAGUCUUGCCGUGAUGCCUGACGAGGGAGGUCUUGAGGGGUUCUGUAACUCCACGUUCUGGGACCCGGAUGUCACAUGGAACACAACCGACCCGGACUUCACCCUGUGCUUCGAGCGGACGGUGCUGGUGUGGGUGCCGUGUGGGUUCCUGUGGCUCUUCGCCCCGCUGGAGAUCUCCUACAUCGUCAACAGCGUCGACCGGCUGGUACCCUGGUCGUGGAUCAAUAUCUCCAAGCUGGUGGUGUCGACGCUGGUGCUGGCCUGCGAGGCUGUGAGCUUCUUCGAUGUUGUGGACCGUAGCAGCGGCGAAGACGUUCCUGGCGUCGACUACAUGGCGCCCGCACUCAUCUUCCUGUCCGUGCUGCUGCAGCUGGUGUUCGUGAUGCUGGAGAAGAAGCGAGGGAUGCAGAGCUCUGGCUACUUGUUCACCUUCUGGCUGCUCCUGAUGGUCCUGGCCAUCCCUGAGUUCCGCACCACCAUCAGACUCUACGACCAGACGGACGAUCAGGAUAGUGAUGUUGACAGUCUGAGGCUCUCAGUGUACUGUCUCUACUUCUUCUUUACCGUCCUCAUGGUCAUCCUCAACUGCUUUGGUGACGCAACUCCACGCUACCUGAAGUAUCCGCGAGGCCAAAAUCCAAGUCCAGAAGAGAGUGCCUCCUUUUUCAGUCGCAUCACGUUCUCGUGGUUGGAUUCCUUAAUCUGGCGAGGCUACAGGAAGCCUCUGGUGCAGGCCGACACCUGGGACCUCUCCUUCAAGAACACCUCUCGAUACACCGUUCACAAGUGGGACAGUAACUGGAAGAAAACUUUAAAGAACGUUGACAAAAAGAAGCAGAAGUCAGAGUCGCGAGCAGCCGGACACCAGGUGGAGAUGGCGGUGCGGGGCACCCAGCCCACCAAGAGGAAGCCAGUGUCGGUCCUGCCUACCAUGGUCCGAACGUUCGGUUCAACCAUGGUGUUCGGGGUCAUACUCAAGACCAUCUAUGACAUAAUGCAGUUUGUCAGCCCUCAGAUCCUGCGGUUGUUGAUCAACUUCACUGAGAGUGGCGAGUUGGAGGAGCCUAAGUGGCGCGGGUACCUGUACGCCGCCGUCCUCUUCGUCUUCGCCCAGCUCCAGUCCUUCAUCGUGGGUCAGUACUCCAUGAAGAUGUAUCUGGCCGGCCUCAGGAUGAGAACUGCUGUCAUAUCGACUAUCUACCGCAAGGCGCUGCGCAUCUCCAACUCGGCGAGGAAAGAGUCGACAGUUGGAGAGAUCGUGAACCUGAUGGCCGUGGACGCCCAGCGCUUCAUGGACCUCAUGACCUACAUUGUUCUGCUGUGGUCAGCACCGCUCCAGAUCGCUCUCGCCCUCUACUUCCUCUGGCAGAUCCUGGGGUGGUCAGUGCUGGCCGGCUUGGCAGUGUUGCUAGUGCUGAUCCCCAUCAACGGGUUCGUGGCCUCCAAGAGCAGACAGCUCCAGAUCACCCAGAUGAAGUUCAAGGAUCAGCGCGUCAAGAUGAUGAAUGAAAUCCUCAAUGGAAUAAGGGUGUUGAAGCUGUACGCCUGGGAGCCGUCGUUCGAGGAGCAGGUGCUCAACAUCCGGGCCGAGGAGAUGAAGGUGCUGAAGAAGUCAUCUUACCUCAACGCCUUCACCUCCUUCAUCUUCUCCUGCACCCCCUUCAUAGUGACGAUCGCCAUGUUUGCAACAUAUGUGUUGUCGGACGAAGAGCACAUACUGACGGCCCAGACCAUCUUCACCUCCAUCUCUCUCCUCAACAUUCUCAGGAUGCCCAUGGCCAUGUUGCCCUUCCUUAUUGUGGCCGUGGUCCAGGCCAAUGUUUCCUUGAAGAGACUGAAUAAGUUCCUCAACGCUGACGAACUGGACCUGAACAGUGUAUCAAGGGACGCCACACAGGAGAGUCCUGUUGUGAUCAAGAAUGGGACGUUCGCGUGGGGCGGCGGUGAGGAGGAGAGCCCGGCGCUGAGAGACAUCGACUUCACCGCACCCGAGGGCGCCCUGGUGGCCGUCGUCGGCACCGUCGGCGCCGGCAAGUCCUCCCUCUGCUCCGCUAUACUGGGCGAGAUGGACAAGCUCUCCGGCACAGUGAAUGUUAAGGUGUCUGUCGGCGUCUAUGGCUACUUCAUCCGCGCUAUUGGUGUAGUGUCGGUGCUGCUGACGGUGGUGUUCUACUUCCUCUCUCAAGCGUGCUCUGUGGGCUCCAGCGUGUGGCUCACGGUCUGGUCCAACGACCCGGAGGCCGCCACCGACAUUAAAGUCAGAGACAAGUACCUGGGCGUCUACGGUGCUUUGGGCGUCGGACAAGCGGCUUUCAUCCUUACCGGCUCCGUCAUCAUUGCACGCGGCAUGAUACACUCCUCGAGGACACUGCACAGGUUGCUCCUCAACAACGUGUUGCACAGCCCGAUGUCCUACUUCGACAUGACUCCCAUUGGCAGGAUCGUCAACCGGUUCUCCAAGGACCUGGACACCGUCGAUGCCUCUCUUCCCUCCAACCUCAGGAUGUGGGUGAUAUGCCUCCUCUCGGUGUUGUCGACGUUCGUGGUGAUCAUCAGCGCCACUCCGGUGUUCGUGGCAGUAAUGAUCCCUACCAUGGUCAUCUAUUACUUCGUGCAGGUGCUGUAUGUGUCAACGUCACGACAACUGAAGAGAAUUGAGUCGGUGUCUCGCUCGCCCAUAUACUCUCAUUUCCAGGAGACUAUACAAGGAGCGUCCACCAUUCGCGCGUACGACCGCGAGCCGCAGUUCAUCGGAGACUCGGAGGCCAAGGUGGACUUUAAUCUACGUAGCAGCACCCCGGGAGUCAUGGCUAACAGGUGGCUGGCGAUACGUUUGGAGUUCAUUGGCAACGUCAUGACAUUCUUUGCGGCUCUGUUUGCGGUGAUGAGUCGCGGCACCAUCAGUGGUGGCGUUGUUGGACUCUCAAUCAGCUACGCUAUGUCAGUGACACAGAUCCUGAACUGGCUGGUGCGUAUGACGUCAGACGUGGAGACCAACAUCGUGUCUGUGGAGCGCAUCAAGGAGUACUCUGAGGUGCCCCAGGAAGCUGCUUGGGAGAUCCCAGACCACAAGCCCCCCAAGGAGUGGCCCCAGCAGGGAGUGGUGGAGUUCAACAGCUACUCCACACGCUACAGGGAGGGACUGGACCUGGUCGUGAGGGAUAUUACUGUCAGCAUUGCUGGAGGAGAGAAGAUAGGGAUAGUAGGCCGUACGGGGGCCGGUAAGUCCUCCCUCACCCUCGGCCUCUUCCGGAUUAUCGAGGCCGCUGGCGGUAACAUCACCAUUGAUGGUGUCAACAUAUCAACCAUAGGCCUACAUGACGUCCGUGGGAGACUCACCAUCAUUCCGCAGGACCCGGUGCUCUUCAGCGGGACGCUCCGGAUGAACCUGGACCCCUUCAACAUGUACGACGACGACAAGGUGUGGUCGGCCCUGGAACACUCACACCUCAAGGAGUUCGUGUGCAGUCUGCAGCGGGGCUUGCAACACGAAGUGGCAGAGGGCGGAGAGAACCUCAGCGUGGGCCAGAGGCAGCUGGUGUGCCUGGCGCGGGCACUCCUCCGCAAGACCCGGGUCUUGGUGCUGGACGAGGCCACCGCCGCCGUCGACCUGGAGACCGACGACCUCAUCCAGCAGACCAUCCGCCACGAGUUCAGAGAGUGUACUGUCUUCACCAUCGCUCAUAGACUCAAUACAAUCAUGGACUCAACACGGGUGUUGGUCUUGGACAACGGUGUGGUGAAGGAGUUGGACCAACCAUCUGCUCUGCUCCAGGACAAGUCCUCUAUUUUCUAUGGCAUGGCUCUGGACGCUGGACUCGUCUGAGUCUCCUCUGUGGAACGGAUCUGGACUCUGGAGUCGUCUGUGUCUCUUCUGAGAAUUAUACAGCUUAUUUGAGAAACCUUUGGUAGCGGCUAACGUGUAUCUUUUUAUAAAAAUAAAGUUGUCUGUGAUAUGAAAUUAAAAAA